CUCCUACUUCCUUAUAGGUUUUCUGAUGUCACUCUGCGAUCAGCAGUCGGUAAGUUGAGCUGUUUUCUUGACAGUUGUAGUUUGGUUUCUUUUUGUACAACUUGUUUUUGCUUUGCAUUGAAUUUUAAGGUCAUUAUUAUACCUAACAACGACAAUAUUUCAAAAAUACAUAACUAUGCUUUAUAAGAUAUAUUUCAGAACAGACUUUUAAAUGUUAAUGACAGUCAAUUACAAUACUUAAAUUAUAUAUUGGAAAAUUGCAGACAACUUGACUAGCUGUUAUUCCAUUUAUUUUUCAACUAUUUAAUUAUGCUAUAGGCAACAUUGCAGGGUCAUUAUUACAUUAAUUGUGACUGUGAUCGUGCAAAUUAGACCUCUGACCUCAGUGAAGGUCAGAAGCAGGCCAGUGAGUCCCUCAAGACUCAGGUGAUCAGCAGAAAUCCCAGAGGACAGAUCUCAGCCACCACACCACAAAGCUGUCCAGAAGGGGGCAGAGAAAGACCCCGGCAACCAGGAGGGCCGGCUCUCAGGGGACCAAGAUCAGUAGGCGCUGCCCAGAUACCCAGAGCAGGCAGAGCAGAGGGCCUGGGGCCCCAAGAGCCCAAGAGCCAAACCCACCCACUCAGACAGAGGGUCCUGACCAUACCCAGGAGAACUGGACCCCACAUACCGCCACCCAGGAUGGGCAAGUGGUACAGCCGUGCCUCCCAGGAGCCAGGACAAACACAUCUGGAGGAGGUGAAAACAGAAGGGGUGAAGAGAAGGCUCAUCAGUCACAGAUAUGCAGGGAUUCAGCCACUCAGACCCCGUCACCCACUGAUCAACCAGGGAGCCACAUGUUAUCUGAGCAGCAUCCUGCAGGUUCUCUUCAUGACCCCUGAGUUCCACCACAAGUUGAAUCCAUCAAACACCUUAGAUCAGCAGCUAGAACUCACCUUCAAUAACCUGAAAGAAGGAUCGUGUGGAACAGAAAACAUCACAGACAGUCUGGGCAUAAAAAACGUUUAUCAACAGCGAGACGCUGCUGAAUGUCUGGAGAGGAUUUUGAAUAAAGUCAGUCCUGAGGCCUCGCAGGUUUUCAAAGGCCAGCUGAAAGACACUACAAGAUGCUCCAACGGUCACAUGAUCAUCGAAGAGACCAGUCCUUUCUUCACCCUGCCACUGUCGCUCCAAGGCGGACACGAAGCACCCUGCAGCCUGAAGACCAGUUUCAGUGAGUUUUUCCUCAGGACAGAACACACUGGAGACGACAUGGUGUACUGCACAGAAUGCAGCCAGAAGACAGAGGGGAGCAGUGGAUACGAGAUGGUGGACUCUCCUCAAAUCAUGACUCUUCUCCUCAAGAGGUUUUACUUUGACUUCAACACCAUGUCAGACAUGAAGUCAAACUGCUGUGUGGAAGUGCCAUUUAAAAUCCAGAUGAUGAAUAAGAGCUACACCCUGUACGGGAUGGUGAAUCACAUGGGCAGUCUCGGAGGUGGACACUACACCGCCACCGUCCGGAGCAGGGAGGACAACACCUGGUACCACUGUGACGACACUCAGGUGGAGCAACAGGAGUUUGGAAGCAAUGAGACGUACAGCUCUGGGACUGUAUAUCUGCUCAUGUACAGAGAAGUUGAGGAGUUCAUCGAAGAAGAGGACAAAGUGAAGGAGUUCAGAUCCAUACAGACCUGGAAGCGUCCAGGCCUCUUCUGUCUUGGUUUAUUGGGCUGUAGUGUACUUGUCAUUUUCAAAUUUAAACAUUUGCUGACCCACAUGUGGACGGACCCUGUGAUUGUCCAUUGGACAGCUUUUGAAAAUUUAUAUACUUACAAUGAAAAUUGGAUUGACCUAUGAGAAGUGUGGGAUUGGUCAGUCGUGAGUCAACUCUGUCCAAUCAACAGGUGCCCUCGUGGCCAUGCUGAUUUGUUUGCUUGUGUCACCUCCAGCCAGCAGGCAGAGGUGGACGAACAUGGGUGAGUGCAGCUCCAGUGAUGGUAAAGAUAAAAUCAUUGUUGUCAAAUUGUCUUUAAUAGGAAUCAAAUAAACACAAAGACAAAAAGC